AUGUCGUUCAAUUCAAGCAGCAGCAGCAGCAGUGGCAUCAGCAGCAUCAGCGACAAUAAUGAGAGCGAAUGGACAGCUAGCCAAGUGUUUGGGCCUCCGCGCGAUGCUCUGGCCAUUGUGAUACCCGUUACCGUUAUCUAUAGCCUGAUCUUUCUCACCGGCGUUGUGGGGAACAUCAGCACCUGUAUUGUGAUAAAAAAGAAUCGUUCGAUGCACACAGCCACCAACUAUUAUCUCUUCUCGCUGGCCAUAUCGGACUUCAUGCUGUUGUUGUCGGGUGUGCCCCAAGAGAUGUACUUCAUCUGGUCCAAGUAUCCGUACGUCUUUGGGGAGUAUUUCUGUGUGGUGCGCGGCUUGCUCGCCGAGACCUCGGCCAAUGCCACAGUCCUCACCAUCACGGCCUUCACAGUGGAGCGAUAUGUGGCCAUUUGUCACCCGUUUCUGGGCCAGGCGAUGAGCAAACUUAGUCGCGCCAUACGCAUCAUCAUACUAGUUUGGUUGCUGGCCGUGCUCACCGCCAUUCCCCAAGCCGCUCAAUUUGGCAUUGUAAACUACGCGGAUGUGGAUAAGUGCGCCGUGGUCCGCGUCAUCAUCGAGCAUUCGUUCCAGCUCUCCACAUUCAUUUUCUUCUUUGCACCCAUGAGCAUUAUAUUGGUGCUAUACCUGCUCAUUGGACUGCAUCUGUAUCGUUCGAGUGCAAUUGGCGGUGCGGCAGGAUCGACUUCAGCGACCAAGAGCGAACAUUUCCGGCGACUUGGUGAACUGAAGGGUGUCCAGAGCGAUACUAUUUUGCACCGGCAUGCGGGCAAUGGCGGCCCACAGCUCAGCUCCGUGCGUGGCCGACUCAAUCAUUAUGGCACGCGACGUGUGCUCAAGAUGUUGGUUGCCGUUGUCAUCUGCUUCUUUCUGUGCUGGGCCCCAUUCCAUGCACAGCGUCUGAUUGCCAUUUAUGGACCGGAUCUGGAGGCUGAGAUGGGCGCACACGAUCAGCACAAGUUUGUGUACACCGUGAUGACCUAUAUAUCGGGGGUACUGUAUUAUUUAUCAACCUGUAUUAAUCCACUGCUCUACAAUCUGAUGAGCAACAAGUUCCGUGAGGCCUUUAAGGCCGUGCUCUUUGGAAAGAAGUCGUUGACGGGUUCGUUGAACUCUCGGCAUUAUUUGGAGUCGCGUCGGCUGCGACGCACCACAACACUAACCUCAUCCACCCAGCGGGCCUCCAUAGAGUCCGCAGAGCUACAAUCUAAGCAGGCCAUGCUCCAGACCGCUCUGAACGAUCGCCUGCUGCAGUGCAAGCCCCAAAUAGUUUCGUAA